UUGACCAAUGAGCACGUAAGGCUGCUUCUAGUAAUGGCGGCGCUUGCCGUGCGUGAGUGACCGCAAUCUGUCGGCGUCUUUGCGUACUUUUUCAACAAUUGCUUAACGUAUACUCUUACCAAAGUCUUAGCUUUUAACCGCGGAAACUACUUCUGUAAAUCGUGACCAAUUUUUUCGGUGAUCGGCCUCCUGUACUGGCUCUGCGGGACCAGGAGCAGAGAUACGUGUUUAGUACAAAAGUGGCUGCAAUGGAGGCAGCUGACAAUGAGGGAUCCCCGGUGAGUCUCGGGGAAGAAGAGCCCGACCUUUCAGAUGACAAUGAAGAUGACGCUGAUGAUGCCUUGCUGGAAGAGGAUCCUGCAGACAAUAGUGAUGUCUCAGACGGAGAACUAAAUUCACCGGACAACGUCAUUGAGAACAUUUCUGACGAUUCAGAUCAAGAGGCAGAUAGCAGUGCUGUGAAUGGUACAAGCGCACAACAACAGGCCCCUGUGGUGUCACAGUCUUUUAGUGAUGAUGAUGAUGACGAUCUCGAUCUUGAGGUCCGAGAAGCCGAGGAAAGUGUGACACAUGGGGAGAGGAGAGAGGCAGUAGAGAGCAGUAAUGAAAGGAGAGAUGUAGGUGCCCAGGAUGUAGGAAGUUCCACCAGUCCAAGUGAUCUGAUAGAUCUGGCCUUUAGCUUACCUGACCAAUCAGAUUCAAGCCAGGUUCCAGUUGUUGGAUCAGAUUCGACAGACCAGGCUCCUGACCAGUCAGAAAGUGGGGGUCCGAAAGCUGACCAAUCAGCUCACGGGGCUGUGGUUGAACCAUCAGGUGUCAGCAUAGAUCAGUAUGCUUGUGAUUCAGCUGACCAGUCGGGUCAUGAUGCUGCUGACCAAUCAGACAGCGUCACCACUGCUCAGUCAGAAGGUACUGUAGCUGACCAAUCAGAUGGCAGCAGGGCAGAGCAGUCAGGUGUAGCUGACCAAUCAGAUCGGGUCUCAGCCGACCAAUCAGUGGGCAGCACAGCGAAAGUGUUGUUGAAGGUGGACCAUGUGACUGCUGACCAAUCUGAUGCAGCGACGCCUGUGUUAGAUGAACAUGAAGCUGAGCUGGACUAUGAUGAGGAUGUGGAGGAACAUACGUCGGUCCAUGGAGGCGAGGAACCAGACCAGCCAGAACCAGACACAUCCAACAAACUGGGUCAGGAGGACAAGGAGGAAGGAGAUGAGGAAAAGAAGGAGGCCACUGACAAUGGGGAGAAGAGUGAGGAAGGUGAAGAUGAUGAUGAUGGGGAACUUGGAGAGGAUGAUGACCUGGAAGAGGGAGAAGUGAAGGAUCCAUCAGGAAGAAAACCCCUGCAGCGCUCGUUGUGUAGAUUUUAUGUCAAAGGCAACUGUACUUGGGGAGCUUCAUGUAGAUUUCUGCAUCCAGGUAUAAAUGACAAAGGUGCCUACUCCAUGAUUGACAGGUACCAGAACCAGUUUGGUGGGCCAGGCAUUCUGGGUCCCCAUCCCAUGGGGCCCAACAUGUGGGCCGCUCCAGUUCAUGCAGAAGAGGAUAUGCCUCCCCCACCCGUAGUGGAACCUCCAGUGGAGUCAGCCUGGGAGAGGGGACUAAGGCAUGCUAAAGAGCUUCGUAAGAAAGCCAUGCAGCGUAAGGAACAGGACGAAGACUUUGAAGACAAGCGUAUGAACCUGUCCCUCCCUGAAGAGGAAUUCGACAACAACAAGGAGAACGACUUCUUCAGGAGGCAGGCCAGCAGGACAGAAGGCCAUUUUGGGUUCCAGGAAGAAGAGCCAGAUUACCCGUUUGAGCCACCACCUCCCGAUCAGUACUGGCAGCCUGGUCAGUACGAGAACUUCAGCGUACGCUGGACCAGGGAACCUGAGCCACACUACACUGUACAUAGGGCGGCGGAACCCUCACCAACAGGAGGGAAACAAAGACAGGAACGAAUGCGGGAGAGGGAGAGAGAAAGGGAGAUGAGAAUGAGGGAGCGUGAGAGAGCUGACAGGGAAAGGAUGCGGGACAGACGACGGGAUCGUCGGCCCAGAUCUAUGUCCCCUCCUGAAAGAAGAGGCCCCAGACCUCCAGUGGCUCAAAGACCGCCUCGCCGACCUCGAGACGACCGGCCAGACCGUCCGAGACAAGAAGGGAGACCGGACCGGCCAGACAGGCCCAACCGUCCGGAUCGUCCGCCGCGGUCAGAGGCCACAGCGCCGCGGGUUCGAGCAGACGAGUGGAAGGAUCCCUGGCGCAGGUCGAAGUCUCCGAAAGGUCGGAAGGCCUCUCCUCGGCGCAGUCGGUCGCGGGGACGCAGAAGAAGGCGGUCGUCGUCUCGCCGAUCAUCUGUGUCUUAUUCUGGCUCUUCUAGCCUGUCUUCGCGUUCCCGGUCGUCCUCCUACUCCUCCUACUCCAGCCGCUCGUCCUCCGGGAGCUCGUACCGCUCCGGGCGCAGCAGCAGCCGCUCCAUGUCACCCUCACCGGAGAGGAAAACCAGCCAAUCACCAAAGAAGAAAGAAGCAACGGAAAAAGAGGGGGCAGCUGAAAAGAAACCACCAACUGUUGCUAAGAAGGAAGUUUCGUCAGAAAAGACAUCAAAGGCACCACCUCCAAAGGCAAAAGAAAAGACAGCAAAAACUGAAGCAACAAAAGACAAAAAGCCAAGUCAAAAGAAGGGUCCUGAACCUCCUGCAAAGAAGCCAGCUGAAGCCAAGUCUGGGGCAAAGCCUGUCAGUUCUACCAAAAAGGCUGCAGAUGCUCCCACCAGGGGUGGAAAACCUGUGGCUAAAGAGGCAGCAGGAAAGGCACCCAGUGGAGACAAACCAAAGGCUUCAGAACGGAAGAGCCUGAAGGACAAGCCAGUCUCACCUAAAAAAGACAGGACCAGUCGUUCUCCCAGUCUCAGUGACACCAACAGUGAGGACAGCCUGUCACCAUCCCUGUCAGACUCUGACUCAGAACUGUCCCGCUCCCUGUCCCGUACACCGUCACGGUCAGGCUCCGAGUCAAGAUCCUCCCUCUCACGAUCCAGAUCGCGGUCCAGGUCUCGCAGUGUGAGUGCCAGCAGUGUGUCGUCCAGGUCCAGUAGUCUGUCCAGCAGUAUUUCCAGCAUCAGUGCUGACUCUGAGAACCUGUACGGUAACAUGGCUAGUCCCAUCUCAUCUGCAUCCUCACGCUCCCCCUCUCCCAGCAAGAAGAAAGAAGAUAAACCCAAGAAGCCACCAGCCAAGCCGGCUUCGAAAAGCAGACCUCCGGAGCCCCCACACCCAUCACGACAGCGUCCGCCCCCUCCAUCUGGUGAUACUCGUGGACGCAGACCACAGGGUCCCCCCCAGAGGCACCCCCCUCCAGCCAACGACAGACGAAGGCCAGAUCCACCCAGGCCAGACAUGGACAGGAGGAGGGAAGAAGAGAGGAGACGACGAGAGGAGGACGGGAGAAGGAGGGAAGAGGAGAGGCGGAGAGAGGACGAGAAGAAACGGGAGGAAGAGCGCAGGAGGGAGGAGAUGAGAAGGGACGAAGAGGAAAAGAGAAAAGCCUCUGCCAAAUCCUCUACACAAGCCGCACAGAACAAGGGCCCUGCCAUGAAAUACAGUGCCCACAAGCCUAUCAAGUUAACACUACUGAACAAGCCUGCUGCAGAGAAACCCCCAGAGAGUAAGAAACGUGCACCACCAGAAAAGGAGAAGUCACCCCCAGCCAAGAAAGCUCGGCCAGCCCCAACUCCAUCUCCAACAAAGACAGCGGAGAGACGGCCUAGUGCAGGAAGCCGACCGGAAGCCAAGCGACCUCUCACACCACCAGGCGAGCCGCCCUCCCCGAAGGAACCCCGGAGACAACCACCUGCGCAGAAGGCGGCUCCAGCAGGUAAGCCGGCAGCAAAACCACCCGCAGAGAAACCAGCGGAGAAGAAGAGCACCCUGUCCCGCCGAGAGGAACUUCUGAAGCAGCUGAAGGCUGUAGAAGACGCCAUCGCAAGGAAGAGAAAAAAGAUGCAAUAACCCUUGGUUUGAUUGCUUAUUGUCAACCUUUUGGUUCAAGUAAAAAAUCUGCUGUACAGAGAAGGAAAAAAAAUGUGUAGCAGGGUUUUAAAUGCCUGUGUUUAAAAUUUAAAUUUACGUGUACAUGUUCUUCUGGCCUGGAAGUUGGAACAUGUAACGUAUAGAGGGAUAGCAUAGGAAAAGGGAUGGUGAAUUUUCCAGCUCAGUUGAAUGGUAUGUAUUUCUUUUUUGCUACCCAUACAUGUGUUCCUAUUUCUACUGUGUGCACAUUGCACAUAGUGAAGCUGAUUGAUAAGUUAUCUUUGGAAAUGGCAUUACACAUGAAUGACAGUGUACAGUGUUUACUAAUACAGUACCUUCCUUACAUUUUACUAAACACUUGGUGCAUCUCAAUGCAAAACGCACCACAGAAACAGUUGUGUUUGUGAUGCUCAUUAAUUUUUUUAUAUGUUGAC